AUGUUUGCAAAUGAUGAUGAAGAUGAUGAAUGGAAUAAUGAAAGUGAAGAAGAUCAACCACAAGGAUAUCAAGCUUUAUUAGAUCCUGAUGAUGAAGAAAGCAUUACAGCUGAAGAUGAGGAAAUAGGAGAUGAUCAUGAAGAGGAAGAAGAAGAAAUAGAAUCUAUUGAAGAAGAAGUACCUAUUGAUGAUGGUCAGAUAAAACCAUUUACUUGUACAUUAUGUGCCGUAUCCUUCAGUAAAUUCGAAGGAUAUCGUGAACAUUUUGUUUCCACUGAACAUCGAUACAAACGACGUGAUGAAAAGAAACGUCUUGGGGAAGGAUGCACAAUUGAAACUUCACCGGUUGAAGUAUUUGUUAAUUUAUUACUUUAUAAUAAAAUUCCAUUUGAAAGUAUUCAAAUUAAUAUUCAACCUGUUGAUUUUAGUGUCAGUGGUUCACUUGAAUAUAAUAAUAAUAAAUAUGAAUAUCAACAUGCAUCAACAUUAAAUGAUUUAUAUCAAGUUCUUGUGAAUAAAUUCAAUCAAGAUUAUGAAAAAUAUCAAUUAAAAAUGCCACCACAAAGUUUUUUUGUUGCAAGAGAUAUCUGUCGAAAAGAAGUAGAAAAUGUAUGGACUGUACCACGUUAUUGCGAUGAUACAGGAAAAUCUGAUGAACAAAUUAUUAAAGAAGUAUUAGACUUUUGUGUGUUUACAAAUGUUGAACCGGAACGUGAACGUUUAAUAGGACAUUCCAUUCAAACAUGGCGUAUGUUUCAUCGUCAAGAAACCAAACCAGGUUUUUGGUGUGAUAUGUGUAAACAAUGUUUUCGGAAACGAAAAGCAAUAAUUUGUCAUUUUGAAACAAGUGAAAAACAUGAAAAAAAUCUCAAACAUCUUCCACCAUAUCGACGAGCUGUUCAACAUAGUUUAUUUACUGGUCGUUUAUUAAAUCAAUUUAUUGAUAUAGAUAAAUUGAAUUAUUAUCGAUCACGUGUUAAUGCUUAUCGACUUCCACCAUCACAUAAAACUCUUAAAAAUGCGUAUUAUUGCACAUUUUGUAAAAAAUCAUUUGAAUCGACAUAUUCACUUGAAAAACAUCUUGCUUGGAAAAAUCAUCGUGAUAUAUUACGUAAACGUCAUCAAAAUGAUCUGGAUAAUUUAUCACGUCUUGUUACUUAUUUGAAUUUCAAUCAAUUAUCUCAUGAACAACGUAAUGGUGGUAUUCAACAGAUGGUUAAAACACCAGAUGAAUAUCGAUUAAAAUAUAAUCUUGAACCGAUGACAAUUGAAAAUCUUCAAGAAGAUAUAGUUCGUUUUGAUACACAACUUGCUCAACAAGUUAUGCAUAAUAUUCAAAAUCAACAAGGAAAUAAUAAUCGAUUCAAUCGUGGUGGCGGCGGCGGUGGAAGAGGAAGAGGACGUGGUGGUCGUGGAGGACAACCAUUUCGUGGUCAAGGAUUUCGACCACGAGGUGGUAAUUUUCAUCAACAAAAUGGUCAACAUUUCAAUCCAGGACAAUUCAAUCAGCCAAGACAUUAUCAACCUCGUCCGUUUAAUCCUAAUCAAUCCUAUCCUCAAAAUAAUUUUCAUCUACCAACAUCAUUUCGUCCACAAAAUCAAAAUUUUGUUAAUGAAUAUAAUAAACGUCCUUAUCCACAAAAUAAUAAUUAUAAUAAUAAUUAUUAUAAUCCAAGACAAUCAUGGGCAAAUAAAAGACCUCGAUUUGAUCAACCACACUCACACCCACCACCACCACAAUACCAACAACCUUCAUCAUCAAAUCGAAUUGAUUAUCGCUAUGUAGCUAAUCAAAAUACUUAUCAACAACAACAAUUUCAUUAA